AUGGUCGACUCCGUCUGCUACCCCAGACGAUGCAUUACCGUGGAGCCUUUUGGUAAUCAGAUCGACGUCAUAGAAAAAGCAUUAAUCGAAAUCGAAAACCAACCUCCCAGACAUUACACCUACGCCAACCAGAACACAAGACGCAAUAAUGCUGUCCCCUUUAUACCCACCAUGUCGGCAAGUCAACCUCUGUUUGUCCCCUCGAAUACCAGCGUAUUUGGAGGUGUUCCUUCAGAGAUGUCUCGCGGUGCUUAUUCGGAAGGGUACCAGGCCGUACCAUCCGUCCCCCAAAUGUCUGCAAAUACACCCCCAAAGCAACAGCCAUCGCCUAAAGUGUCCACCACCCCACUGAUCUACACCACUUUCGACCCCUUCCAGCCAAACUUCAAGACUGACACGCAGCUCGCAUCAGGUUCGCUUUCUGGAUAUCUCUCGGGAUCUCUCAGCUCCACCGCAACCUCAAGCAGCAUCUGGGGCAACAACGACACCCACCGCAACCUAAAUGGUGCCGCUGUCUGGGGCUAA